UUGAACUGCGAGAUGAGCUGAAGGUUGUUGAAUGUCAUCAGCAGGAGUCUGUAAAAAGAAAUGAGACUCCCAGCCUAAUCAGCAGCAAGUUUAAAACACUGGUGGCCGAUGCCAUUAUUAGAGGUACGUCACAAACAACUCAACAGAGCCAUGGAAGCUGUAGUACAACUCCAACUGGAAGGAGAAUGCCUCUUGAAAGAAGUCAGACCCCAGUGAAUACUGAACUGAAGGUUUCAGAAGAAAUGUUGAGGAUGGCUGAAGUGCAAAAAAGGCAAAUGCAAGAAAUCCAGGAGAGGCCUCCCAGCCAUUUAAGAAGCAGAAGUGCCACACCGACUGGACGGAAGACACCCUUUCAGGAUAGAUCAACAACUGACCCGAAGCUGAGUUUUCAACGGCCCACAUCAAAUCAUCAAAGAGGACUUGAGGGGAAGUUACACACAUCAAGCUUAAAUCAAAAUGUGUUCCAAAGAGCAAACUCUGCUCGAUGUGCAAGGGGUGUUCAGUCUUCCAAUGCAGGUAGCACUGCGGAUAACUCAUGCACGCAUUCACAAACAGUGGAGCACAUCUCGAUGGCUGGGUCCCAGGGCUACGUUGCUAAACAACAGGAAAUAAAGGCCACGGGUGCGACUGAGACACCGUCCAGAUUGCAAAAUAGACCUCCUUCAGGCCGCAGAAGUCGCAGUGCAACUCCAAGUGGGAGGAAGACACCUUUGGAUGGUAGACAAAUAGGCUUUGACCUUGAACAGAAGGUGUCACGGCCAAGUUCUGUUUUAUCAAGAAGAGAAAGUACUUGUUUUAAGAGUGAUGUGACACAAGAUGAUGUCAGAGAAGAAAUCCAAUAUCCAGAUGGCAAGUUGGAACAGUUCCUGACAAAUGGAAAUCGAAUGAUCACCUUUCGGAAUGGCACAAGAAAGGAGGUCAGUGGAGAUGGUCAGUCUGUCACCAUCACAUUCUUCAAUGGGGAUGUGAAACGAUUCAUGCCAGACCAAAAAGUGAUUUACUACUAUGCUGAUGCAAAGACUACUCACACUACCUUCCCAAACGGAAUAGAGAUGCUACAAUUCCCCAAUAAUCAGAUAGAAAAACAUUAUCCUGAUGGUAAGAAGGAAAUAAUAUUUCCAGACCAAACAGUGAAACAUCUCUUUCCUGAUGGUUAUGAAAAGAGCAUAUUCCCAGAUGGUACAGUUGUGCAUUUGCAAAAAAAUGGAGAUAAAAUUAUUGAAUUCACCAACGGGCAGAGAGAGAUCCACACGGUCCAAUACAAAAGGAGGGAGUAUCCUGAUGGCACCAUAAAGACUGUGUAUUCUAAUGGGCGCCAGGAAACAAAAUAUUCCACUGGUCGUGUUCGAAUAAAAGACAAAGAUGGAAAUAUCGUCUCAGAUAAAAAGUGACCCAAGACACUUCUGCUUGUAUGAUGGCAAAGAAUUGAGUAAGAUCAAGGAAAACAAAGUUCCAACAGAAUUGCAAAUUGUUGAGUUCCAAGGCAUACAAGCUACAAAUCCAAUCCUAUUUCAAAAUUAUAAGACAUGUAUUUACUACAAAGGACUGAACACUCCUCUAGAAUCUGAGCCAUACCCACAUGUGCAUUACAACAUAGUUGCUAACUUGCAUGAAUUUUGUAUGCAGGGAAGGGAAUUAGAGCAAAACUGAUGUAUGUACAGCUGAGUGUUUUACUGAUCUAACAGUACCACAUAUUGUCCGGAGCCUGACAUGAAGAUUAAUCUCAAGGUCGCUGGCACAAAAUAACAAGGGAUAAAAUUAUGAGCACAUUAAAAAAAGCUUUUUAAUAUAUAUAUAUAUAUUGAAAUAACAUUGUUAAAGACAAUGUGAAUGGGUGAGUUAAUUGGAAGCCGGAAAUCACGUGAAGAAACUCCAAAAUCAAUCCAGGUUUAUUAAUAAAAAAUUGAGUCUGAAGAAAGGUCCCAACCCAAAACGUCACCUAUCGAUGAUUUCCAGAGCAUCUGUCCACUGAGUUACUCCAGCAGUCUUUUUUUGUAUACCAGCACCGACAGUUCCUUCUAUACAGCAUUGUUGCUGUUACGUUUUACGCUCGUUAUUGAUACAGGUAUUAAUUUAUUAUCAUCCGUAGAAUGAACAAUUGUGAAAUUUCUACCACAUGCAACACACUGAGUAGAAUUAUGGAAACGGGA